UUGGCUACGGCGCGGAGGGAAACUGUUUCAUUCGGGAUGAUCUGAUUCAGAAAUAGAGCUGCCCCUACUUCUUUCCCCUGUCCUGCCUUGCUCUGCCCUACAAGGCAAGACAAGGCAAGGCAAGGCAACUCAGCCUUUACAUCUCUUUCUCCUCCCAGUUCUUAAGCAGCUGAAGACAGGUGAAAUCAAAGGAGCAGGAGUCCCGCUCAGAGCCUCGGACCUCAGGUCACGGCUUCUGGAAGUCAGUCCUUUCAGCACCUUGGAGAACUCCUGCAUGUGGGGGCUCUAGAUGGCGCCUUAGCCCAGACACUGCCGGUGGGAGAUACCAGUGAACGCGACUCCCUCUCUACAGCUUGCCCAGAGGAGGGACCCACCCGAUUCCAGCCUUAUAGGGUCGAGCAAAUGGAAUUGAAGCACUUUGGAGAGAUUUCCCAUUCAACCUGGACCGAAGCUGCGGCUUCAGACCCUGAGCAGUCUCCCUAGCUCCUAAAAGUGAGGCAUGGAGGACGACGAAGAGAGAGACAUAGACACGUGUAUUUUCUUUUUUCCGUCGGUCCAGGGUGACCUUUCUCAAUAGGAGCAGAUCAGCUUCAAUCCCUAGGACAGUUUCCUAGUGUACAGCUCUAUGAAACCUGGGGAGAGGCGGCAAUCGACAAACUCUACCCUCAUGGCCCUGGGUGAAAUUAUUCAUCCUGAAAUGCGCAUUGCUUAUUUGUUUAAGUUUAUUCGAAUGCAUGUUUCUGGCUUGUUAAGGGGAAAAGGCAAUUGCCUCGAAAUCAGAAAUGAUAGAAAAUUUUUAGGUACCUAUGAAUAACGGCCGCCUGCCUGCAGCAAGCUGAGACUUGGAACCGAUCUGAGGACUCUCAACUCUUGUCAGGGGAACUGGCCGCUGAGCGUAGAGCCCUUUAAACUGCUCGGGAUUUUCAUGCAUCAUUUUAAAUGUGUACUUUGCCUAGAGUCUACUCCAUUUUCCUCCUAUUACCAUUCUUGAUAGAACCUUCUUUCCUCUCCUCUCUCUCGCCUCCACCUCCCCCAUCUUUCUCCUGGGUUCUGUGGACAUACGUAGCAAGACAGAGCUGGGUUUGGAGCUCACUACAAUUGCCUUGACUUUUGAUUUUUUUACUUCUUCCUGGAUUACAAGAUCGGAUGGUGCACCAUUAAGUCCAGAAACCCCGAUGAACCUCAGUGUUAGGAAGAACCCUGGUGUGAGUGUGUGUUUGUACUGUUGUGUGUGUGGGGGUGCAAGAAAAAAACAACUUUGGAUCCCCAAAGCCCCCCUUUCCUUCUCGUGCAAGUUUCUUUGGAAGUCGUACAAUGAGGAAUUCUUUUGCAUAUAGCUGAGGGCAAAGCCCAAACAGUACCUGGGGGAGGGGGGCAGCGCUGCAACGGGAAGGGGAAAUAAUAUUUGUCCCCAGUAUUCUCUGCAAUCAACGAUGGCAAAUGAACCGGUGAUUUUGAAUGUCUAUGAUAUGUACUGGAUCAAUGAGUACACUUCUACUCUGGGCAUUGGUGUGUUCCAUUCAGGCAUCGAGAUUUAUGGCCGAGAGUUUGCCUAUGGGGGCCAUCCUUAUCCUUUCAGUGGGAUCUUUGAGAUUACACCUGGAAGUGCAGUGGAGCUGGGAGAAACGUUUAAAUUCAAAGAAGCCAUAGCCCUGGGCACCACUGACUUCACAGAAGAAGAUGUGGACAAGAUCUUGGAGGAGCUGGGGAAGGAGUACAAAGGCAAUGCCUACCACCUCAUGCACAAGAACUGCAACCACUUCUCAGAUGCCCUGGCAGAGAUCCUGUGUGGCCGGGAGAUACCUCGUUGGGUGAACCGCCUGGCCUACUUCAGCUCAUGCAUCCCUUUUCUACAGAGCUGUCUCCCUAAGGAAUGGCUAACCCCAGCAGCCCUGCAGACCCAUAUAGGCCUUGGUCUACGCAAAGAAGAGUCAGGCAGCCCAGCAGACGAGGAGGUCCCCUCCACCUCAGGCGCGUCGAGGACCUGCAAACACACCCGGGUCUGAGCUGGGCCCUGCCAUCCUCCUCCACCUUGCAUACUCUCUUCUUUUAGCCACCUGCCUCACUCUUCUACCUUUGACUUCUUCUAUCCCUUCUCAUCCUCCUUUUCCUUUUCCUGUUCUACUCCACGGAGGCUGGGGUGUUCCUAGCCUCUAGCCUUCUUACUGACAAGAAACUGAACCACCUCACUGUUCCUUUGGGCCACUGAAACCUCCAGUACAGCACCAACAUCACAUGUGGAUGAAUGCGGAAGGGCUCCUUCCAAACUGUUAGACUCUGUGGGACACAGGAUUGGGGGACUGAGCUGUCUUUGAGCUCUCUCCACCUCAGAAGAGUUGUUCUUAUUCUAUAGUGUUCCUGGACAAUCUACCUUACCCCCUCCUUGACACAGCUUUACUGUCCCCAGCUAUCAAAGGAGGGGAGAGAAGCUAUUCGGGGCAAUGUUUCCAUCAGACCAGCAGCAACAGCCCCUCUCCCCAAGCAUUCUCCCAUUUGGGGGAAUCAAGGAUUUUCUGAGGCAUUUGGAUUACAGGGUGACAUUCUCCAGUUUUUCCACUGGAGGAUGUAUGUAUGUUUGUGUUUAUUUUAGGUGGUGUUUUAUAUUAAAAAAUCAAAGGACUUCACUAACAAAGACAGCAGAGAGAGGUUUGUUUGGGGGAUGGAGGAGUAGAAUUAGGAUAGGGAAGGAAGAGGGUUAAGCAUAUGAAUGAAAUUGAUAAAGAAACCUUUUAAAAAUGAGAUAAAACAAUUUCUGGGGUCUGUCCUUAAGCCCUUGUGGACUGCACAACACUGUAAGGCAACUAAAGGUAGCACUCUUUCCCCUGAUGGCUGACUUCCUCCAAUACCUGACCCCAAUAGGAAAAAUGAAAAACAGUCAAGAGUUCUCUCUUCAGUUCUCCUUUUCCUUUUUAUCUAUGACUUGACUCUCACUCUUCACUGGGCUAAGGCAAUAUUCCUAGGAGCUCUGUAUGAAUUUCUAAGUGUGAGAGCCCAGAGGAUAUUUGAUGGGAGGAAUGCAGGGCCAGAAAGAUCUGCUUCCAGCAACUCUUCAGUCACAACCAAUUGAGGAUCCUCCUUAGGUUUCUCCAGAGGACUCCUUGCUCUGCAGGAGAUCAGCCCCAUACUUCUCCUAAGCCCUGUGGGCUCUGUGCUUGUAUUAGGGGACAAAACAAUCACGUGGUCAUGGAAUGUCAUGACUGGAAGAGACCUUAGAGAUAAUAGUCCAACCGUAAGAUUUUACAGAUGAAAUGACCUAUUUUCAGUCACGUGGCUAAUUAACAACAAUGACAAGACUAGAGCCCAGGUUACUUAACUCUCAAUUGGAAAUGACCCCUCCAUUCACCGUAGGUUUAGAAAGUAGGGUAGGGAGGAAUUAGUUUUCUUCUGAAGUUGAUACCAUCUGGUAGUGAGUGUGUGUCUACGUAUGUGUAUCUGUGUGUCUGUGUAUGUAUAUGUGUAUGUAUAAAGAGGAAUAGGUGAAUGGUCAUAUGAUUAAUGCCCAUGCAUGGAUUAGGAACAAAGUAAACGUCACAUCUGUGUGAACAUGAAUGGUUGUAAGCACAUGCAGCAUGGUGAGUUCAGAAGGAUAUCUGUUUAUUCAUGCAUUCUUUGAGUAUGUGUGCUUAGGAGGACACUAGCAAAGGCUACUUUCAGAAGUACCUGUUUCCCUAAGAACUAUUGUGGUCAGCACCCCUUCUCCUUUCUCAAAGAAAGCAAAUGGAGGGCUCUGGUAGCCUUUGACAUUACAUUAUCCCUCUAUCAAAACUGAAAACAAUGGAGCCUGGGAGAUGUGAAGACAUAGGAUUCAAGUCAAUUACCAUUUGACAUGAGAUAGUUGAUCUCUAAAUGGCUUUUGGAGGGGUUAAUACCAAUGACAAAGUCUCCUCAUAUUCUCUAUAUAUUGGGUGAAGCUUAUGUGUCAAGAAUGAUCCGUUCACCUCUCCUAAGGAGCUUCAUUCCUUAAUUAGGAGGGCUAGAGUCUUGGAAUCCUAUUGGUUUCAGUUUAAGAGCUGUGCGCGCACACGCGCGCGCAUGUGUAUGUGUGUGUGUGUGUGUGUGUGUGUGUGUGUGUUUAAAGUCAAUUUCUUGACUCUGUCAUUCAUUUCUCUUACUCCACAAUGUGAAUACACAUUUUCUUUCCAGUGUUGGUUCAUCUGGUAGAUAACAGAAAAAA